GCCAUUUUGCUCGUGGAGGCACGGAAUGACGGCAAACCGGAAUAAAAGCAUCAUUUCUGUGGGGACGGGAGAAGAAAGAGAGAUACUGGGUGAUGUCGGGGAGUGAAAAGAAUGGUCCUGGACUGCCGCUUUGGAGGAUAGCCAGUGACUACCCCGCGCCAGCACUGCAUAUAGAAUGCAGAAAAAUGUGAUCGUGCGUCUCCUCCUCUUUCAAGGUCUGCCGUGGGUCUGCAUUCUGUCUUGUGAAGAGACAGCUUUACUGCAAUGCUAUCUCAAUUGGUUUCGAACUCCGGGCGGGAGGAAAUGACCCGAAAGAAGGGUGUUGCCGUCCACUGACACUGUUUACGUCCGUUGCUGCUUUAUUUGGACGGACUGCGAAGAAGAGGCAGGUGUGUGGUUUCAGUCGGGUCGCGCUUCCACCGCGGUUAGUGUGUGCGCUGCGGUCUCUCUGUCUCAGUUUCGUGUGGACUUAAAUUUCAGCGAUCCGACUCCUGCCCUCUCCCGUGGACCGGACAGCUACACUGCACGAAGCUUUCUUUGGAUGACUUUAUGUCCGAUCCCACUGGACCGGGGCCGGACUCGGAUGUAAGUCUCGCAGGAGCUGCCUAAUCUCUCAGACAGAACAAGGAGAGGAGAAGGAAGAAGAGAUUGAUGCUGGGGUCUCACAUGCCCUCCUCCUCCAAUUAGCCUCCCCCCACCUUCAACAGUUUAUGCCUGGAUAGCACACGAAGAGAGAAUUGCAAUAAGGAGAGAUCUUCAACAUGAAUACAGAUAGCGGAGGACAUGCACGCAAAAGCUCCGCCCUGUCCCUCACUCUCACACCCAUGAAGAGGGUCCAGAGCUCUCCCAACCUGUACGCGAACACAGGGAACGAAACUCACUCAUCAGAUUCGGAUGGCUGGCGGUCCCGCAGCGUGACGGACGGGCUGAGGAACGGCGAGGCCAGCGGCUCCUCGCUGGCGGCCAAAGGCUUCCGCAGCGUCAGGCCCAACCUGCAGGACAAGAAGUCCCCAACGCCGUUUGAGGCCCCGCCCACGCACAGACAGGCGUCCCCCGGGCCCACCCCUCCACCGGCCUCGCGGUCACCCACUAACCGCGCCUGUCUCUCACCCGAGAGCCACGCCAGCUUAGAGUCCCUGGACUUCCUGUCCGCCCGCUUCCCCAAGGCCCUCUCCCCGGCCCCGUAUGCGGCAGCAUCUGAGCGCGGCUCGCCGGGCCCCGAGGGGCGUCCGCGGCGGAGCGAGGCCGGCUCGCCCGUCACCGUCUCCGCCCUCAGCCACUACUCCUCCUCCACCGCCGUGCUGGAGGAGCUGCAGAUCUGCGCCCUCGACUCCCCCGGCGCCUCCGCCACGCCCUCCCCGACCCUCAGCCAGAUGUCCACCGCCCCUGACGACACAGUGCUAACUGCCGGCACGGCCGCUAACGGCCAGAUGACGGUGAAUGGGAGCGCCAGUCACUUCCACAGGCCCUUCUCCCCCCCGGGUCACGCCCCCCCGCUGCCCCCCUCCGUCAGCCCGAGCCUUGUCCUCAUGCAGCAGAGCCGGAGCUCAGAAUCGUCUGAGUCCGUCACCCGGGAGACCCGCACCACUGGGCACGCGUCCGUGACGAGCACCGUGCCCAUCGCCCGCUUUUCAGAGGAGGAGAAGAGGGUGUCCGUCAUCAAGGCCCCGCACUACGAGGGCAUCGGUCCCGUGGACGAGUCCGGCAUCCCCAUCGCCAUCCGAACGACCGUGGACAGGCCCAAGGACUGGUAUAAGACGAUGUUCAAGCAGAUUCACAUGGUCCACAAGCCAGAUGAUGAUUAUGCGGAUACAUAUAGCGCCACAUAUGUAACAGUAAACUCAGAAGACUACGGAUCCAACGCGGUCCACGCUCACCCACCCCCCAGGACCCACACCUACCGGCCCCUCUCCAAAAGCCCCUCCGACAACGGUCCCAGCAAGCUGCCGGACCCCGCGCCCUCCCCUGUACCCCCUCCCACGCCGCCCAUGCCGUCUCUGACCCAGCUGAGGGCUCGCGAGCGGGACAGGGACACACCCGAGCUGAAUGAGUGGGGACCCCCAGACAGAAAAGUGGACACCCGAAAAUACCGGGCCGAGCCCAGGAGCAUCUUUGAGUACGAGCCGGGGAAGUCCUCCAUUCUGGAACAGGAGAGACCAAUGUAUGACUUAGACCCAGAUGACUUAGAUUUAGAGAAUGAGCCCUGGUAUAAGUUCUUUUCCGAGCUGGAGUUCGGACGCCCGCCUCCUAAAAAACGGCUGGAUUAUAAUCCAGAGAGCUGUCCUCGAGGCGCCACUGAGACGUCUCUCCAUCACGCUCCAGCAGACAGAGGCCCGGAGAGGCCAUCGAGCUCAGCCAGUGACUACAGGAAGAGGCGGAAGUCUGAGCCUUCGGUUGGCCAGCAGGGCCCGCAGGGGGAGCGGGUGUCGCCCCGCCCCGCAGACUCCCACAGGGAGAGCAGCACCCUGAGGAAGCCUCUCGCACGCUCCUCCCCCUCCUCCCCCUCCAGACCCAGAGGUGGGGAUUUUAGCGUGAUGUACUCGCCGCGUUUCAGUUGCUCAGGUCCCAACCAGGAUACCUCACAGGAGUCGGAGGUGGGGGUCCGCAGCGUGGGGGGGCGCCUCCGCGUCACCCCCCCGGGCUCCAAACGCUCCAUCUGCUUCAAAAACGGCUGGCAGACGCACCGACAGGAUGCGGAGAACUGGAGCAGCGCCGACGAGCCCGCCUCCUCCUCGCCCAAACUCAAGUCCCGCAGCUGCGACAACCUGCUGGGGGAGGAUGGGGGCGGAGUCCCGGGGACGCAGACCCGCUCCGAGAGCGCGGGGUCCCUGGCCUGCGAGGAGGAGGAGCCCAGAGGGCCCCGUCCCUGGCACUGGCACCGCCCCGCCCACGACACGCCCGGCUUCCUGCAGCUGUACCGGAAGAUGCACCGCAUCGACCGGCGCGACCUGCUGGCCUCGGAGCUGAUCCGCUCGGUGCGGGCCCGCAUCCUGGAGCUGGAGAGGGAGCAGAGCCGGGAGAGGCCGCUGGGCUGGCCGGGGUGCGGGGACGAGGUGCCCCGCGACGUGGUGCCCACCAGGAUCUCCCAGUACGAGAGCCUGAUCCAGAAGUCCAAGUCCAUGCCCAACCUGGGGGACGAGGGGGGCUCGGGGGCCUGCACACCCGGCUCCUCCCGGCGGAGCAGCAGCCCCAAGCGCCGCUUCUCCGUCGAGUCCCUGCUGGAGGAGGAGCCGCCCCCCCGGGACCCCCCCGAGGGCCAGCCGCAGCACCCCAAGGGCUCCCACCCGCUCGCUGCCGCCCACAGCCGGCUGGCCGCCGCCGCCGCCCCCUCCGCCGACCUCCGUCACCACCACCACCACGCCCGCCUCCCGCCGGACUGCUCGGACAGCGAGCACGACGCGGCGGCCUCCGACCUCAGCGACUUCAUCCAGAUGGAGGGCUCCUCGCUCUGCAGCGAGAGCGACUUCGACCGCUGCUCCCUCACCUCCUCCGAGAGCUUCUACGGCUCCACCCACCACCACCACCACCACCACCACCGCCACCCGGUCAGCUCCUGCAAGGGCCGCUGCCCGGCCUCCUACACCCGCUUCACCACCAUGCUCAAACACGAAAGGGCUAAGCAGGACCGGCGGCAGCAGCUGCAGAGGGAGGAGGCCGAGCCGGGCCUGUCCAAGCUGGCCUUCCUGGUCAGCCCCGUGCCUUUCCGCCGGAAAAAGGGCCCGCCCGCCCACAAGCAGAGCCGCCGGCCCCGGUCCCGUGGCUCCGUCUACGCGGCGCUGGACUCGGCCCUGCAGGACAUCUACGAGCACCUCCAGGAGGAGCGGAGGCGGGGCGUCCUGCCGGAGAACAGCAUCCUGCACCGGCUGCUGGCCGAGCUCCUGCCGGACGUCCCGGAGCGGAGCUCCUCCCUCAGGGCGCUGCGCACCCAGCAGCAGCAGCAGCCUUACCACCCGCAGCCCGACGGCUACACCCCCUACAGGACGGAGCGGGCAACGUCACCCCACAGUGCCUCCCACCGCCGCGCGGACCCCGCCAAAAACAGCCAGGGCAGCGCCCACGCGCACGGCUACCAAGAUCAGGACACUUACAGAGGCUACUCCUACGCAGACGUGGGCCCCACUCCUCAGAGCAAAAGGGCGACUCCAGAGAGAGAGAAACAGCCGGCCAGAGCAAUAUAUGACUUCAAGGCACAGACAGCAAAGGAACUUACGUUCAAGAAGGGCGAAGUGGUGAACAUCAUCCGCCAGGUGGACAGCAACUGGUAUGAAGGAGAGUAUCAUGGGAAAGUGGGAAUAUUCCCCAUCGCUUAUGUGGAGAAAAUCCCCCCUGCAGAGAAGCAGCAGCCGGUCCGCCCCCCUCCACCAGCACACAUCCGAGAGAUUGGAGAGGCGGUGGCCCGCUACAACUUCAACGCCGACACCAACGUGGAGCUGUCACUGAGAAAGGGAGAGAGGGUGAUCCUGCUGAGACAGGUGGAUCAGAACUGGUACGAGGGGAAGAUUCCAGAGACAAACAAGCAGGGCAUCUUUCCCAUUUCCUACGUGGACAUCAUCAAAAGGUCCCCCAGCAAGAGCCCCGGUCACUACAGAGAGUCCCCCGCGCCCCAGGGCCACUCCGGUGACAGGACACACACCCCUAUGUCCUCAAAGCGACCAGCUUCUGGGAGCAGCGGAGAGCCGUUUCAGGUACUGUACAACUACCUGCCGCGCAACGAGGACGAGCUGGAGCUGAGAGAGGGGGACAUUGUCGACGUUAUGGAAAAGUGUGACGACGGCUGGUUUGUCGGUAUGUCCAGAAGAACCAGGCUUUUUGGAACGUUUCCAGGAAACUACGUGAAGCAGCUAUAAUAUUUCUAGCCUUGUCCAGUGAUGUCAAGUCUGUUCAGCACAACCGCACCGGAUAUAUAAACAGCUGCAGGGGGGAGUGGAGGCAGACACCCGAUUUGCGUGUUUCACACUGAAGAUAACCGUUAGCUAUAACUAGCCAUCUUUGCAGAAAACUAUUCCAGUAAAGUUUUAACAUUUUAAGUAACUCGCUUUGUAUUCCAGCCAUCAGUGUAUCUAGGGAGCAAAGGCCUUGGUAUAGGGAAACAUCUUUGCCCUGGAUACAGAGAAAGAAAGUACCAAUGCUUCCCUAUAGACCAGAAGGGUUAUCAGUGCACCGCGUGUGUUAUUUGAAGAAGUGAUGGGGAACCAAGACUUUGUGAAAACCAUAAUGGGAGGUGCCCUGUGCUGUCAAUCACUGUCAGUCAAAAGGAUUUGCUCAUUAUUAUUACAUUACAUGUAAUGCUCCCUAUAGUAGAAACGCUCCAAGUUCAGAUGUGUGAGUGAUUGACAGCACAUGGUAGCUCCACCUAUUUUUGGGGUUCAUUAAGCCUCGGCCUCACAUCGCUCGUUUUUAAGAGUAUUUCUGCAUAUUAUUUAUUAGCUAUGGUUUCUGUUGAUAUGCAAUAGAUGCAAAAAAAAAAGAGAAAUGUAAAUGAAGUAUAUUACGGUAUGUAUGAUGUGUGAGUUUUAAUGAUGAUUAUUCUGUUCUUUAAAAGGGGAAUAAUGAACCAAUCCACGGCCAGGCCUGAUAUGAAGCCACAAUGAUAGAUUUCACAGAUAUGAAGGAACCAAGUGCCCUAUUUGACUUCUGGACUUUUGAGUUGCUUGUCUUGGGGGCUACAUGGUAAAUGAGUGUAGUGUAUGUAGAGAAUGUUCAUUUUCACUGUAUGGAGAGAAAAAUCACCUUGCUUCAUGCUUAAAUGGUGUAAAAGAUCCACCACAGAAGCUUUCACAACAUUAGAAAGUGAUAAUGUCAAAGUCAGUGGCAGGGUCAGUCUAGCCCCUGUUGCGUUUUGUCCUUCACUAUAAGCGGUGAAUUUAAGAAAGUAUUACAAACUUGGUUCCUGCACAAUGUUUUUUGUUUAAUAUCAGCGAACUGAAAGCCUUGCUUAAAUUCAUCACGUGGAGUUAAGGACACAGCAGUACGGCAGAUAGGUUGAACGCCCUCCCAUGGUGUCAGUGAAGUACACAGCAGUAUGGUGCCCUUCCAGUGUGCUACCCAACCACCAGUGCUGCAGCAACCUUAGCAUAGCCAGCGCUUGCGGGCGCAGAGUGUCGGAAUGCAGCAACACCUGGCUGCACCUGGCUGGACUCCUUCACACCCCGAGAAGUGCUGACUGGUCAUUGUUCCUUUAUCACUCUGACCAGACAUUUCUUUAAGUAUUCUGAGUCUUUUAUGGCUGCCAGCUACAUGCUAAUGUUUAUUUUGUGCAUUGCUGUAUGAAAAAAAAAACAAAUGUAUCCCCUUUGUUUGCAUUUAAAGGAGGAAAGAAAGAUAUCUCUAAGUGCCUCUCUCUACGCCUUUGUUGAAACGGACGGAGAAGAGAGUUCUCCUCCUUUUAAAUCAUGUCUUUUGUUGCUUCUGCCAGUUGAGUAUUUUGUACAGCAUAUUUUUCCAGUAGUCGACAUGGCUUGAGGCGAGUGUGAAGUGUACUUUUCAAUCUUUCCACCCAGUCAAUUUUUUUAUUUCACCGUUUUGUCAAAUUUGGGAAAAGUUCCUUGAGGAGUGAUAUUGAAUGUGAUCUAGUUGUCACACUUUUUUUUUCUGAAGUUACUUUAUAGAAAACAGUUUGAGACUUUAUAGCCCAAAAUGUAUUGAAUUGUUGAAAAUGUUUUGAAAAAAAAAAACUGUUUGCUAUUUGUUUCUAGAAUGCACCCAAAUGAAGAGAUUAAGCUCACUUUUUAGCUGACUUGUUGUGUACAAUGACUAUAAUGUCUGAAGCCUUUUUGUGUUAUAAGAUGGUAACAGAGUCAGCCGUCUGCAUUGGAAACAAGGACACGUUUGACAGAACAAUCAUUUAAGCACCUUAACAUGUAAUUAUUUUGUUUUUGUUUUUUUGUUUUUUUUUUUGUUUUUUUGCUUCUUCCUCUUUUGCGUUCUCAUACUGCCUGAAUUGACCAUGCCGUCUGUAGUGUUUUGUAUGUCUUUUGUAUGGAAGUGUACAUUGAUGAAGUCCACAGCUUUAUAAAGCCUUUUCUCACCUGCCAUUAAUUUGGUUUCUUCUUUCUUUUGCCUUCUUUCAUGGCGUUUUUUACUCCUCAGUCCAUCCUGCCCAUCAUUACAUUGACAAAAAAAUCCAGUGGGGCAAACCUCCCCCAAAAUGUAAAAUAUGUUGAAAU